AUGGUUUGUUAUUUUCUCAACCAGGCUGGCAUCCCCAAUGGAGUCCUGAAUGUUAUAACCGGAUUUGGACCAACAGCCGGUGCUGCAAUUGCCUCUCAUAUGGAAAUUGAUGCAUACGUUACAGGGAUAAACAACAAUGAGUAUCAAAUAACAAGAGGAACAGAACUAAACCGCAUUGCAGGAGUGGACAACAACUGCAGCUAUGUGAAGGCUGACUUCAUGAAUAUGCCAUUCUCUGACAACAGUUUUGAUGCAAAAUUUGCAAUAGAAGCUACCUAUCAUGCACCAAAUGUGGAAGACAAACUUAAUUUCUUUGGAAACAGGGUGAGGUUGAGCUUGGUAAUGGACUUCCAGAUAUCAGGGUCAAUGAAACAAUGUCUUGAAGCUCUGAAACUUGGACUCAAGAGGAUUCAUAUUCACUAA